AUGUCCGGAGACUCCCGCUCAUCUCAAUCACCUCAAGUGCCCUCAGGUUCAGAAUCAGACUUGGGCGCACUCUCACCAUUCUCAUGCCAACUAUGCAGAUUCAGAAAAUUAAAAUGCGACAAAGCGAUCCCCAUGUGUGGCCGUUGUGCCAAGACCAACGAGAAAUGCGAUUAUCCGGCUGCGCGAAAAAAGCCUGUGAUUAAUCCGGCUAUGAGACCGCGAUUACGCGACAUGCAAAGUCGAAUCCGGGAUUUGGAGGCGAGACUGGAAUCACAGAAUAGUCCGCCCGAGUUCCAACCCUUCAGUACGGAACUCAUUGACACGGGUCGAUUUGAGAGGUUGCCGCCUCCUCAUAUUGUUGAUGAGCUAACGACUAUUUACUUCACGAAACUCCAGUCCGACUCAUUCAUGAUUCAUGGUGAGAGAUAUAUUGCCUCUCUGUACAGACCGACACAUAUGCAACCACCCAUGUGCCUACAAUAUGCGAUAUUGGCCGCCGGGGCAAGUGCAUCGCAGACGUAUGGGCAUAUGGCUGAGGCAUUCUAUGUACGAGCGCGGCAGUAUAUCCAAGCAGACGAGAUGAAGAGUGAUAGUGAACAGGUUUCACUAGCCCACUGUCAAGCUUGGGUUCUCAUUGGUCAUUUUGAAGCACAACAUCUAUGGUUCUCGCGAGCGUCGAUGAGUAUUGCCAGAUCUAUUCGAUUGGCUCACAUACUUGGUCUGCACCGUCUUGAUGGCAAAAAUUCCGCUGGCUUGACUUUACCUCCGGCACUGGACUUUACCGAAGAGGAAGAACGGAGGAAGACAUUUUGGGUUGUCUUUACGACCGACAGGAUCACGAGUAGUACUGGUGGUUGGCCCACAAUGAUGGACUGGCGAAGCAUACAAACACGGUUACCAACGUCGAUCGAUGCCUUUCUAUCCAGUACUCCAGUACCUACCAUAACCCUCAAGCAAGCUCUCGGCCAAGGCAUGUUUGAGCUUUCCACCAGCGCAUGCAGAGUCAUCGCAGUUCACUUGUUCAAUGAGUGUUUCAACUUCUCCCGAGCAAGCGAGGAAGAUGAAGAUAACAAUGAUUGGACCCAACUGCAGAAACUAGACGAGGCUGUGACCAACGCUUUCGCAACUUUGCCUUCGGACUUGCGAUGUCCGGAGAACAUGGACAAUCCCGCUGCUGUUCUUAUUAACCUGCAGCUGCACACAGCAAUGAUAUGCAUUCACCGUGCAGUGACGACUCGUUCACAGAUGGACAUGUCUCUGCUUCCACAUAUCAACUCUCGCGUCAUGGAAUCUGCGCUUCAAAUCAUGAUGACUGUGGCACUUGUCUCUGACCUUGGUAUCAGAUUCCGAAACCCACUGGUGUCAUUCGCUACUUUCGUCGCAGCAUCAUUUUUCCUAACGGACUUUACAACGAGUGGUAAUCGUCAAAGCGAGGACAAUUUCACGGCUCUCAUGAGUGUCAUGAGUGAGGUUGGCAAGACCAACAUGUUUGCGGCUUCACUAGCUGUUCGGUUAGCGCAUAACAUGAGAGCUUGUGCUGUGGAUCACGGCACUGUCGGGAAGGUUGAGAUGUUAAUGGCUGAUCUCGAUAUUGACGCGCCAAUUCCUGGUCAAGAAGAUGCGGAGAAUGGGAUUGUGGUGCUUUGUCCAAUUGUACCAAAACCGGGACCGAUUAGCUUGGAUGAUGGUCUGUUUUGGUAG